GUUAUACAAAAUAAAUAUUGUUGGUAUUUUUAGGUUAUGAUUUUUAUAGACGAGUUUUGAUCAUGUCUCUUUUAAAAUUGUUACAAAAUAAUACAAAAAAUGUUUUAAUAAGGUACAAUGAAUCAAAAAUAACUUUUAUAACGUCUAGAAAGUUAAGCAUAGUACCUACAAUUUAUGAUGGAGAAGAUCCGGCACCGAAAUUUUUUUCCUCUGGCAUUCAAAUAUUACUCAAACGAUUAACACGCCCGGAUUUUGCGAAAGUAUUCCGUAGAAGGGCGAACAGUAAUGAACCCGUAUUACAAACACCAGUAUACAAAUUUUUAACUGACGAAGAGCUGCAAAUUGAAAGACAAAAAGCUUAUAAAAGUGCAGAUCGCUUAUUACAAAUGCCACCAGUUGUAAAGGUCCAGCAACCCAUUACUGAUGUUUUAUCUACAGACCCAGCUUUAGUAGGUUAUGAUACUUCAAAAUAUUUAUUUACAGACAUUACUUUUGGUGUUGCGAAUGAACACAGACUAAUUGUUGAAAGGGACCCCGAUGGAAUAUUACGCAGUUGUGAUCAUGACGUAAGAAAGAGAUUAAAUCAGAUAUAUUUUCCAAUGCUGGGUCGUAAAAUAAGAGAGCCAGUGAUGUUCACAGAUGAGGAAAAAUUUAAAAGUCUUCUAGACAAACAAAAAUAUGAAUUUGUUUUGGACAGAGCCUGUGUGCAAUAUGAACCCGAUGAGCCUAAAUUUCAGAAAGUUACAAGUAUCACAUACCAACAUGUUGACACAAACCACCAGUACAAUUUAUUAAGAUCUACACGUCAUUUUGGCCCUCUGGCUUUCUACUUAACGUGGCAUCAAAGUAUGGACAAUCUCAUGCUUGAAUUAGUACAGACUGGGGUAAUUCGUGAGGCAGUUUUGCUGAUGGCACUUAGACACAAUAUUCACGGUGACCUUAAAAAUGGAGCAGAUAGUACUGCUCUUGUAAAAGAGAUUUUACCAACACCAAUUCAAUUAACAAAACCAGAAAUUCUGUCAGAAGAAGAUAUCCAACUCGAUAAUAAAUGUCUUGAAUGUGUAGAUGUAUACAUUGCCAACAACUCCGCUAUGAAGAGUCAACAAGGACUUGCAUUACAAGGCUUUAGGGAAUAUUACCAACAAUUGAUUGAACUUAGCAGAGGCUUGAAAAAAGCGCACGGCACGGCUUGAAUGUAGUAAUAUAUUAAAUGUAUAGUUAAGAAACAA